GGCGUGUCAAAUAAUUUUCCCCAGAUCAGUACGAGACAGAAGCCGGGCAGUGUACAGCAGAAAAUUAUUGGGAGAGUACAUUGAGGAUUUUUAUACAUUUGUGAACUGUGUGUUCUUUUAUUUAUUGAGAUUUACUAAGACCAGAGAUGAGGUUGCACCUUGCUUUGGGCACUCUGUGCCUUAUAGCCGUUGUUUUGGCUAAAGAAGAGAAGAAAGGAAAGGAAGAAGUUGGAACUGUAAUUGGUAUUGAUUUGGGUACUACCUAUUCAUGUGUCGGUGUGUUCAAAAACGGCCGUGUGGAAAUCAUCGCCAACGACCAAGGUAACCGUAUCACCCCCUCGUACGUCGGUUUCACCGCCGAUGGUGAGCGUCUGAUCGGCGACGCCGCCAAGAACCAGUUGACCACCAACCCCGAGAACACGGUCUUCGAUGCCAAGCGUCUUAUCGGACGUGACUGGAGCGACCCGACCGUCCAACACGACGUCAAGUUCUUCCCCUUCAAGGUGAUCGAGAAGAACUCCAAGCCCCACAUCCAGGUCGAAACGGCACAAGGUAACAAGGUGUUCGCCCCCGAGGAAAUAUCCGCCAUGGUUCUGGGCAAGAUGAAGGAGACCGCCGAAGCCUACUUGGGCAAGAAGGUGACGCACGCCGUCGUCACGGUGCCCGCCUACUUCAACGACGCCCAACGUCAGGCCACCAAGGACGCCGGUACCAUCGCCGGCCUCAACGUGAUGAGGAUCAUCAACGAACCCACCGCCGCCGCCAUCGCCUACGGCUUGGACAAGAAGGACGGAGAGAAGGACGUACUCGUCUUCGACUUGGGCGGCGGUACCUUCGACGUGUCCCUCCUGACCAUCGACAACGGAGUGUUCGAAGUAGUGGCCACCAACGGUGACACCCACUUGGGAGGUGAAGAUUUCGAUCAACGUGUCAUGGACCACUUCAUCAAACUGUACAAGAAGAAGAAGGGCAAGGACAUCCGCAAGGACAACCGUGCCGUCCAGAAGCUGCGUCGUGAAGUCGAAAAAGCGAAACGUGCCUUAUCGUCCAGCCACCAAGUCAGGAUCGACAUCGAAGCCUUCUUCGAGGGUGACGACUUCUCCGAAACCCUCACCAGGGCCAAGUUCGAAGAGUUGAACAUGGAUCUGUUCCGUUCCACCUUGAAACCCGUGCAGAAAGUACUCGAAGACGCCGACAUGAACAAGAAGGACGUUGAUGAAAUCGUCUUGGUCGGAGGUUCCACCCGUAUCCCCAAGGUACAACAGUUGGUCAAGGAAUUCUUUGGAGGCAAGGAACCAUCCAGAGGCAUCAACCCCGAUGAAGCCGUAGCUUACGGAGCCGCCGUACAAGCUGGAGUACUGUCAGGAGAACAAGACACCGACGCCAUUGUGUUGUUGGACGUCAACCCUCUGACCAUGGGUAUUGAAACCGUAGGAGGAGUCAUGACCAAACUUAUCCCACGUAACACCGUCAUUCCGACCAAGAAGAGCCAGAUCUUCUCCACCGCCUCCGACAACCAGCACACCGUCACCAUCCAGGUUUACGAAGGUGAACGUCCCAUGACCAAAGACAACCAUCUGUUGGGCAAGUUCGAUCUCACCGGAAUCCCACCAGCACCAAGAGGCGUGCCACAAAUUGAAGUCACCUUCGAAAUCGACGCCGACGGUAUUUUGCAGGUAUCCGCCGAAGACAAAGGCACCGGAAACAGGGAAAAGAUCGUCAUCACCAACGACCAGAACAGACUCACUCCCGACGACAUCGAUCGUAUGAUCAGGGAUGCCGAGAAGUUCGCCGAUGAGGACAAGAAGCUCAAGGAGCGUGUCGAAGCCAGGAACGAGCUCGAAAGCUACGCCUACUCGCUCAAGAAUCAAUUGCAAGACAAGGACAAGCUUGGCUCCAAGGUUUCCGGCGACGAAAAGACCAAGAUGGAAGAGGCUAUCGAUGAAAAGAUCAAAUGGCUGGAAGACAACCAGGACACCGACGCCGAAGAAUACAAGAAGCAAAAGAAGGAGUUGGAAAGCGUUGUACAACCAAUCAUUGCCAAAUUGUACCAAGGAGCUGGCGGCGCCCCUCCACCAACAGCGGAGGAAGAUGAAGACCUGAAGGAUGAAUUGUAAAAAGUGCAAGACUGAUGAUAAAAAAAACUUUAGCCAAGUGAUGACUGUGUGUAUGAUUGUUGUGUGAUCCAACUAGGUAUUUAAUUUUUUAAUUCAUAUUCUGUGACUGUCCGUUUAGUAUGAAUAAUUCAUUUUUGUAUUUAUAAAAUAGGAAAUGUUUUAUAUUACAAAUGUUUACCUAUUUCCACAGGUAAAAUUAUUUAUUUUGUCGUGUCAAAUAUGAGUGUAUGAUAACUCAUACAUUUCACAUCUCUCAUUAUUUUUUUUUCUUGUACACUUGUAUUUGAAGCCUGUUAAAAAUUUACAAUAAACUCAUUAUUAAAAGUU